AUGGAGGCAGGGUACCACUCAGGGCAUGCUUAUGAUGAGUGCAAUGAACUAAGUCCACCCUGUGGCAGAUCCCAUGAUGAACUGAUAGCAGGCAAGCAGCUACCUGACCUCCUGGCGCAGGGGACAAAGUGGGAGAAUGUCAUGGCUGCCAUGGUCGUCAUACAUGGCUUGUCAUCUGUACUGCAAUCCCUCAUUCUGGGGGCAAAAAAAGUUGGUUAUGAGCUGGAUGAGUACACAAAGGAGCAUAUGAAGCAGCUGCAGGAACUGUCCUGCAGGAGCUGGCUGGUGAAGGAGCUGGUGGAGGAAGUCAUCCAGGUGUACCAAGAGCUCUCCUCAGAUACUCAUUUCCCAGUGAUGCAGCCACCCAUUGGGAUAGGCAGCACCUACGAAGGUUGGAGUCAUCAUGGGGAUGAUGCUGUCUACCGCCUGCUGGUGCCACUGAAAGCUGGUCGUGGCCACUCCUUCUGCUUGAAAGAGAGCAUCGAGGAGCAGAGGCCAAAGAGGACUUUCCGGGCCAAAGUGCAACUGAAGUGCACCUGCACAACAGAAGAACCGGCGGAGAACAUGCCGUGCUUCCUCCACCAUCCUGACAAGAGGCAGAGGAGACAUCGGCGGGAACACCUCCUCAGCGUGCUCUGCACCGGCUCCUACCUAGAUGUGCACAAAAUGGUCGCCUGGUUCCAGGACUUCGUGAGAUCCAUCUGGGGCGUGAGGCCUAAGAUGUGUCACUACCAUCUGAAGAUGCUGCCCUCCCCACGCUCCUGCAAGCUGCAGCUGACAGAUAGCCUGGGGAGAACCUUUGUCACUGAGCUGAUAUUUGGGCUGCAGCAAGGUGACUCGGACAUCUUCCUGUGCAGCCGCAGUAGAGAGGCCACCUUGACCACGAGCACAACAUGGUCAGCGAGCUGUGCUGUGGCAGAGGCAAAGUUUUUCCAGCAUUUCGCCAGGCAGGUGCCACGUGGCAGCUACCACCUGAAGUGCCUGCGUGUCUGCACCCAAAUCCUGGCAGGCACAGGCUUUUCAAGUGCUGCCAUGAAGGCCCUUGUGAUGCACCUCCUGACCACCACACCCCUGUCAGGCUGGUGCAGGGGAGCUUUUGUGGAACGGCUCAAGGACAUCAUGCAGUACCUGCACUGCUGCCUGAAAAGGAAACAUCUCCACCACUUCUUCCUUGGCAAUGACAACGUGCCUGAGGAGAUAAGCUUGCCCGCUGCCUAUGAAAUGGCUGAGCCUCUCAAUCUUUUCCAGGGCCUGGCACAGGAUCCAGCUGCCCAAGCCAAGGCACUCUGUUUAGAACGGGCAAAAGAAAACUGCAAAAAUCCAGAUGGCUUUGUUGAGAAACUGGCCGAGAGUGCUGGAAGACUGAGCAGCGAACCCGCAGCGAUGACGGGGCUCCGCAUUGUGCAGGCGCUGGAAGAACUUAAAGUCCGCAACAGGGCCCCAGACCGUGCAGUCCUGGAGCGGUUGCCGGAGGAGCCCGAGCACCAGGGACCUGAUCCCCACCGCCGUCUGUUUUCAAAUCCCGUUCAGGCGAAAGGCACUUGGCCGCAGCAGAAGAUUUAG